UAUCACGAGACGAAAAUCAUGUCAUUUGUGAAGUGGAACUAGUGCAUUAUGCAUCUUUCAAAGAUUACAGCCUUAAUCGUCCUUGCAUUGGUCUGCUUUUCCAAUGCACAGAGCAUUUGCGAUGACUGUAAAGUUCAGAUGCAAAGUCUCAUCGAUGUUAUAAAUUCUGGAGCUUCUAGAGAUGAAAUCUUCAACCAAUACGUGGAUGUAUGCAUUAACUUCUAUCAGCAACAGCCAUUAUCAUGUGAAGGGUUGGCUGAACGCAAUGUGGAUAUUCUAAUUUUUUCGGUGACGGAACUUUCUGGCACUGUAAAUGAAGUGACUUCCGAAAAUAUGUGCUUUUUUGACAACCAGCUUUGCCCUUUGACGGGCGCUCAAUUCGAAUGGAGCCUCGACUUGAACUUCCUAGGUGCUAAGCCUACACCAGAAACUCCUCAAUUGCCUCCAGAUGGUUUUCCAACCAUGGAAAUUCUGCAAAUCACCGAUUUGCAUUUAGACCCGACGUAUACGCCAGGAAACAAUGCCCUCUGCGGCUUCUACUCGUGUUGCAGAAGCAGUCAAGGCCCUGCGCCUAAUUCGUCUGCAGCUGCGGGAUACUGGGGGGAUUAUCGGGGCUGUGAUAUGCCGGUUCAUGCUUUUCAAAAUUUGCUUGACCAGACUGUCGCCAACCAUCCUAACAUUGCCUACGUUAUGUUCACUGGGGAUAUCAUGGACCACGCAAACUGGGAGCGAACCAUUGAAAUGAACACUGCGCAUUUCACCCUGGCGAUGGACAUGUUUAAACAAUCCUACCCUAACAUACCAAUUUUCCCAAUUUUCGGAAAUCAUGAAUCAAUUCCUGCUAACAGGGUUGCUCCUUCCGAGUGGAACCUUCCUGCUAAUUUGACUAAUCAAUGGCUAUUCCAAUUGGCGGCAGAUUAUUGGGGCCAGUGGCUUCCAGGAACGGAGACAUCCAUUCUUCGGGGUGGUUUUUAUUCAUACGAAUUCAAUGCAGACUUGAAAAUCAUAGCUUUAAAUAAUAAUCUCUGCUAUACCAACAACUGGUGGCUCAUGUAUAACAACUUUGAUCCUGCGGGCCAGUGGAUGUGGUUGGCGCAAGAGUUGUUGGCUGCUGAGCAACUUGGGCAAAAAGUUCACAUUUUGGCGCACAUUCCACCUGGAAGCUCCACUGCCUGGGACGUUUGCCACAGGGAGUACCGCAGAAUAAUUGACAGAUUUCAGAAUACAGUGGUGGCUCAAUAUCAUGGCCACACGCACAGAGAUCAUUUUAGCAUUUAUUACGAUUUGGACGAGCCGACGAGGGCCACAAGUUUGUCAUUUGUUGGAGGGAGCGCGACUUCGUACAGAAAUUACAAUUCGAAUUAUAGGAUUUACGAAAUUGAUGGGCCCUACGAUGGAGCAUCCUACCGCGUUCUUGAUCAUUCAACUUGGUAUUACAAUUUGACGGAGGCUAAUAUUGCUGGACCCUCUGUUAGUCCAAACUGGCAAAAAUUGUACAGCUUUAGGGAGGCGUACGGUUUGGGCUCAAUGCUUCCUCAAGAGUUGGACACUUUUGUGCAACAGAUGGCUCAAAAUUCUUCACUCCAGGAGCUGUACCGUCGCUUCUACGUGAAGGCUGGGGACCCUGCUCUUGAGGCAGGUUGCGGCCAAAUUUGUCUGCAGAAUAUGGUCUGCGAUAUAGUCAAAACUGUGUCCUCAGACGACUGCAGCAGACUGCCUUUCUAACAAAAGUUUUAUU